GCUGCUGCCAAACUAGCUCAGCUGAUCAAGGAAAACAAGGCAGCUAUGUCUGAUAGUGCUGAGUCGCCAACAGAAACACAGAAAGAGGAGCCACAGCAACCGGCAGAAGAUUCCGCGAGUAAUGAAGAGAAGAAAAAAAUUGACGUGCUGUUGAAGGCAGUGGGAGACACUCCUAUCAUGAAAACAAAGAAGUGGGCAGUGGACAGGGGGAGGACGGUACAGUCCAUUUCUCAGUUCAUAUCCCGUUUCCUCAAGCUUGAUGUUGCUGAACAACUGUUUAUCUACGUUAACCAGUCUUUCGCCCCAUCACCAGAUCAAGAAAUGGGGGUCCUCUUUGACUGUUUUGGCAGUGAUGGGAAGCUGGUUCUGCAUUACUGUAAAUCUCAAGCCUGGGGUUAACUGCUUUCUAUAACUCUGUUUGAUGUCCUCCCUCUUGAAUGCAUCCCAAAACAUUUUUUCUUCUUGUUAUUUGCUGCCUUUGAGUUUUUAAUGUACAUACAAUGUAAAUAAAUGAUUGUACCCUU